CAAGAAAGUGAGAAAGACAGAGAGAAGCAAAAGAGAAAGCACUCCUGCCAAAAGCAAGCUUUGGAAUGAUGAAAAUGAAGAUUCUAUCAGCUCUUGUUUUGCUGAGCAUGCUGCUUGGUACUAACAUGAUGCCUUUGAGUCGACUUUCUUGUUACAAGAAAGUGCUAAAAGAUCGCAACUGUCACAGCAUCCCAGAAGGUGUGGCCAGUCUUCGAAACAUUGAUGGAAAUCUUCAAGAGCACUUCUGGGAAGGGAAAAGCUGUGAGAUGAUCUGUUACUGCAAUUUUAGUGAAUUGCUCUGCUGCCCAAAAGAUAUUUUCUUUGGACCAAAGAUCUCUUUUUUGAUCCCUUGCAACAAUCUAUUAUGAGCAUCACAUGUACGAGUGAGAAGACACACACAGGACUUCACAACAGGAGAUAAACAAUGUUGUCCAUAGAAAAUCUAUUCCUUUCUACAGUACUAGAGUGCAGAGCCUUACUGUACCAAGUAGUAUAUGUUUCCCUUUCUGUAUAUAGAAGGAACCAUGAUUUGAAGCUUUAAUGGUAAAGCUCUCCUUUCUAACUUGGUAGGUACAUUAGUUUUCAUUAGAAGGAUUUAAGAAGGGUGCGGUAAAACCUCAUUAAUUCAUUGUGCAACCCAGACAGUCUCAAAAAAAUCUGCUGUUGUCAUUCCACCUCUCAAAGAUCUAGGGUCAAAUUCUCAACUGCUGUAAGGCAGUAUAGCACUUCACUACAGUUUUACACUCAUUGAAGCCCUUAGCAGCAGUUCACUGUACUGCAGUUUCAUAUCAAUAAGUCUUCAUUACUUUAACAAAAAGUAACAUUGAAAUCAGUGGGAGCUGCUGUGCAUUCAGCACUUUUGAAAAUCAGG